AUGUUUUUCUCCAAGAAGCUUGCAUGCUGGACGCUGAUCGUGCUGAUGCUGAACAUCACGUCAUGCCUUCUUUUGGUCUGGGAGUCGAGACGUACUGGCAGCAGACGAACUAACCCAGGAUUCCUGAUUUACUGGACUGCAGCAUACGCGGCUGGUGCAAGCUUCUGCGCCUUCUUGGUCGUCGUAGGUUUCUUGGUGGCGCCACGCCCAGGGUAUUACCCGGUCCUGUCUGUUGCAGCGACCUUUUUUUGGAUGGCGACAAGACUGUGGAGCAUGUGUUUCAACUGGUUUUUGGCCAUCAAAUUUAGCUCGAGCAAGCUAACCAUUCGGCCCAGGCAUGACAUUGUCCACGUGCUGGUAAUACUCCUGGCAGCACUUCUGGUCCUAAUCGUCUCACUGCAUUCGCCUAGUGGCAUAGGCUUUUCAUAUGACAAAGGAGGCUAUUAUGAACUGCACGUUGUCCUUCGGAGCUACGGGUACCUUGGCCCAGGAGCAGAGAUACUUUCACUCAUCGCCUCUCUCUGGGCGAUGGCAACAACACUUGCGAGAGUGCGCCGGUCCAACCAGGCAUGCCUUCCGCAUGGCCAGCCCGUCAAUGGCCGCAAUCUGACUUGCCGAGAAGAAGAGUUGGCCAAAGCCGUUUCGUUCUACUUAGCAUACCCGCUUCUUGUGGUUGUGUUUACAGUGAUCCCUCUUCUUAUCACAGCCAAUGAAGAUAGAAGAAUACCUGACGACCCAUCAACCUGGAGUCGCACUCUGGCUGCUGUCACCUUGUUUGGCGCGGAGGGCUGGGCAGUGUCAUUGUAUCGCCUUUGUCAGAUGCGCUGCUUGCGCGCGGCCACAGACGUCUCCACAAGUCAUAGAGGCCUUCCAGUCACAGUUGCUCUUGACCUAUGCUAUAAGGACUCAGUGCAUUUUGCUUUGCAGGGGUACCUACAAGUCGAACUGAACAGAGAGAUGGAAGGGUUGAGUGCAGACUUGGAGUGCGAGCCAGAACCCCACUCCCAACUCAUGGCGGACCUGUAUAUCAUUGAGCCUUGGAAGUUUCAGAGCCUUCGCAGACACUGGUCCUUUCAAUACCCACACAUGCAACAAGCGACUUGCGGCUUUGAGAUCCCUUCUAGUUUUGGGGGGAAAGAUCCUGUAGUCGUGCCGCUGCGCAACAUGGAGGUCGUUAUUGAACCCGGAGAGGCAGCGGCGGAUUAUUUGCAACAGAUCCUUGGUUCCAAGAUCGUAGCCGGCGGUCAGGAGAAAACGGGAUAUUAUGACUUUGUGAUGGCCACACAAAGCCAUUUGCUUUGCAGAAUAUUCGGCGGGUUCAAGAUCAGGCUACACGCCGGGCCCUGCUAUUCCGUGAUCAUGCGGGAGAAGUUGGCUUUCGAGGGCGAUGGCGUCAUGGUCAGUGGCAGCUCGAUUUCGGAGCAGCAGCUCUUCGAUUUCAAGACUGCAAUUGCAGCUUGGCUGCCGCAAGACCGCUGGCACACCUUGAUUGAAUACGAUGCUCUCAAAAGAACCCUCGACUUUCUAUGCGAGCACAACGCCACUGGCUAUCAAAUGUGUGUGGCGAGGCCCAGGCAGUCUUCGGCGUCUCAGUCUGAGCGUCCAGCAGCGAUCAUUCGUAUCGUGGAUUACUUGCAGCCUUUCAGCACGAGGCACCUGGUUGGGUAUCGCAUGCAGAGGAUGGUCUGCGGACUGGCUCUCACCACGUUGCCCCCAGAUAUGUACAAGCAGGUCUUCCAUGAACGCUUACACAUGUUUGUUUCAAACGAGAAGCAACCUGUCCAAGGCAACGUGUGCCCGUGCUACCUGCCACAGACCUGCUUCCUCUCGCCUGCGGGUGAGCUCAAGUCAGUGAAAUUCUUGCAGGAAGGAGACCCUAUACUAUUGCCCUCUGAACACAUUGUGCGUGUGAAAUCUGUGCGCCGCAGUGCUUACGGGAAUCAGAGACUGGUGCAAUUGUCGGUUGCAUAUCGCGAUAGCGAGCUAAUCCUCACUGCACAGCAUCGCGUCGUGCUCGUUUCUGAUGAUGUGCCAGUGGGCACUAAUUUGGCAGAGCUUCAGACCAGCGCGCCUGAGAAGUUGACAGAGUGCCAGGCAGGCAACCUGGUCAAGGGAAGCAAGGUCAUUUUUGGCACCCGAGUCACCAAACUGACAAAAGUUUCCUCCUUCAGCAAGCAAACGGAGGUGUACCGCGUGGUGUUCGAUCCCUCGGACGCCGGUGUUGAGACUUUUUGGAUGCCGCUGUACGGCUAUCUCACACAGGGUGACCCGGAAACAUCGGAUCCAUCGUCCUCUAGCGCCGGGUCGAGUGAGUCGAGCGUUUCACUUCCUCUCCGUCGUCCCACAAGGGAGUUUUGGAACCUUUUUGUCAGCUUUUCGGGCACAUCGACAGAGAGGCUCGUGGCAGCGCAGCCGGACCGCUAUGAUGACUAG